CGCUAUGAAAUUAUGAAUGCACUUCUUGUUCAGUAUUUCUUCAAAAGUUGGAAGAGAACGCGCCAAAUAAAGUCAAAAUACCUUAUUUUCUCUCAUGCAAAUGUCGUAUGGAGCUCAUUAUGGCUUUGAAGAGCUUAAAAGAAAUAAUUCCACUGCCUAACUGUCGCAGAAUUAUGACAAUUUUUGUGAAAUUAUGGACAUUGCUUAUGUAUGUACUCAAGCGAAAUAUGAGAACAGUAAGUCCAAUUAAAACUAUUUCAAUUAGUUGGAAAUUCAUAUGUAUUGCAAUUGCGAAGUGAGUUUUGUUUAUUUAAGCAAUAUAUUUUUAAUAACAUAUAAUACUUGUUGUUUAAUACUGUUUUUGAUGCAAUGUUGCGGUGUUUAUGCAACAUUUGAGCAUCGGUUAUUAAAAAUACAAAAAUUUGACUUGUUUACAGCUGUAACUUGCCAUGCAUAACAAAACCGUUUUGUAAUUACAUUUUGUAUCAAUGAAUAUUUUAAACGACGUAUUUAGUUGUAUAUAGGGUGUGAAAUAAUAAUUGAUAUUAAUUAUUUUGUUAAUGAUUAAUAUAACAAUUAGUAUUUAAUACAGUAUCUUACAUUAUAAAUAUUAUUCCUUUAGGUUAUAGAGCAUCAAACAAUAAGAUAUUCCACAUUUGAAUUAUCUCCAUUGUCACAGCAAAGACUACGUAAGUAUCAAUCAUUUGGCAUAAAACAUGGUGACAUAAUUAUCACUUAUUUACUGAGACCCGAGGCGAAGCAGAGGGCCGCAACGGUGGUUAAUGAAGCCACAAAACACACUGCUUCCCCGAGGUCUCAGUAAAUAAGUGUUUUGUUAUAUAGUAUAUGAGUGUCAAAGUAUGAAUAAUUCACUGGUUAUUGGAGUGAACUUUGAAACCAAAAUGCUGAUAAAUGUUUAAUAAAAAAAUUUAAUAAAAUGAACUUUGGAACUUCACGGUACCGUGAAGUUCCUGCAUGUGCACUGUACCCAUUCUAUUGUUGACCAGUCAAUAAAAGUUCUUUAUGGACUGGUUGCCUCAUUGCCAGGUCAAUGCAGUAAACACAGCGUUUUGCGGACCAGCACGUGAUACACUUUUGUCCAUGAAUUGGAAAACAGAAAAAUUGAAUUUUGACACUAAUUAUAUAACAAUAUCGUCAGUGCCGUAGCCAGAAUGAUAAUUGGGGGGGGGCACAUAUUCAUAUACUCGUGUUUACAUAUCAUAAAAACAAUUGAUUUCAAAAUAAAUUAAUAAAGCAGAACACGAAUAUAUGAAUAUGUGCCCCCCCCCCCCAAUUAUCGUUCUGGCUACGGCACUGAAUAUCGUAAGGUGCAGUUGGGUGCAUUGCAGUUUUAAUGAGUUAAUAUUACAGAUGUGGCUUAAAUGUGACAAAUUCUUAUUGUAUAAUAUUAAAAUUUCCUUUUUUGCUCACCCAUUUAAAAAAUGUGAUCAUUUUUAGGACUAGUAAGAAGAAAGAUAUUUGUCUUAGAUUUGGAUGAAACGCUAAUACAUUCGCAACGAGAUGGGUACGUUGUUAACACUGCCAAUAAUUAACUUGAAAAAAGACAAAAAUUUGCAUUGCAAACCGUAUUCAGUUUCAUGAAUAUGUAGUUGUCUUCACAUUGGCUUUAAUUAAUACAAUUCUACUUUAUUAAAGGGUUGGUCGAAAAUCACUUUAUCCCAAUAUGCCACCAGAUUUUGUUUUACGGGUAUGUAUAUAUUAAAUUAACAUCUCCAUUCUGCUAUAUAGUACCAUAUAACUGUUAACAUUUUAUUAUUCUUUGCCAGGUCACAGUUGAGCAUCAGACAGUGAGAUUUCUUGUUCAUAAAAGACCACAUCUUGACUUUUUCUUAGGGCUGGUAAGUGGCUUCAUUCCUUAAUUUCUAUAUAAUUUAUACUACAAUGAAAUAAUCUAUACAUCAGCACUGUGUCAUUAUCUACAAGUUUGAUGUUGUGCCCACAAACUUCUAAGAUUGCCUAGCACCUUACAGAAAAUUCCCGUAGAAAAAUGCAACUUCCUUAACAAUUCUUAUAGGAAAUCUAUUCUAUAGAAAUAUACUUCAAUUUAAUAAAUGAUGAUGUCACAAUAUUAUAAAACAGCAAUGACGUCAUCAAGUUUAAUAAAAGUGAUCAUGAACUAUAGUCUAUCCUUAUUCAUAAUUCAUGUUGAAAAUAUGAGUUCAUAUAGCCCUACAUUAUUUGUGAAAUAUUGCAUACAGUGCAAAAUGUCGUUGUUUUUUAUAAAUGCUGACCAAACAUAUCGCAGACUCAAGUGGUAUUGAAAUUAAUAUUUGGUAUCGCCCCUAGUGUGCCGUGAUUUUUUCUGAUUUUUAAAAUGCCAUUUCAGGUUUGUCAAUGGUUUGACUUGGUAGUUUUUACAGCAAGUUUAGAGGUAAGUUUUAUCAUACAUACUGUACCAAUCUUGUGCACUGGAACAUUUUGCUUAGACUGCAUCAUGCUUUGGGCAGAAAUUAAUAUCAAGAACUGAUUCUUUCCAGAGAUAUGGAAUGGCUGUGACAGAUAAAAUUGAUAAUAAUAAGGGAUUUUUUACUAGAAGAUAUUUCAGACAUGUAAGUGAAAAUGUGUUCUUUGUUCCUGUGUAUAUUCUGAGUCAUUGAUGCAUGACCAUUGAACUAUAAAUAAACUGGAAGGCUAACUGCUAUGAUGAAGGCCUAUGAUUUGAUGAAGCCAGAAUAGUUUUUCUGAGUUAUGAGCAGAAAUACUUGACCCCAAACGUCGGGCUAUAUAUCAAAUUGAAGCUAUUGAAAAUUGCUAUUCGGUGAGGAAAUUUCAAGACUUCAGCGAAAAGAAAAAUCUUUAAAAAAUACAAAAACAACUGCAAAACGGCAAAUUAUCGGUAAUUAUGUUUGUAGUUUUUCAAUAUUUCCCUUUUAGCUAAAGUCUUGAAAUUUCUACACCAAAUAGAGUUUUUCAAUAGCUUCAAUUUGAUAUAUAGCCCAACGUUCAGUGUUGAGUAUUUCUGCUCAUAACUCAGAAAAACUAAAAUGCACUGGCUUCAAUUCCCCCCCCUGAGUUAGCCUUCCAGUUUAUUUAUAGUUCAAUGUGCAUGACUAAUUGUGUAACUCAUGUAGGAAGUACUGGGUUUGUGGUUUAUUUGAAAGGCGUAUAGGUACACUACAACCAAGUACAAAAAACGUUCCCAAGCAAAAAACAGUCAAGAGUUGUAAAUAAACAAAAGACAAUGUUUAAUUUCCUUUCUAGCAUUGCACCUUACAUUUUGGGACAUAUAUUAAAGAUCUCUCCAUUAUCAAUGAGGAUUUAUCAAGCAUUUUUAUACUGGAUAAUUCUCCUGGAGCAUAUAUGAAUAAUAAAGGUAUCACUUUUUUACUUUCCUUGACUUACAAUAGGCAGCCAGGUCAUUGUAAUGGUGUCAGGGACAUUACAACACUGCAAACACUGAUGGAAAAUAAUUUUUAUCCAAAAAAAAGAAGAAACUUGUGCAGUAUUUUGAAAUCUCAAGAUAUUGGAAUACGAAUGUUGUACACACCUUGAAAUCAGUUUUUCCAAAACUUUCACGGUCAUAUAUUCUAAAUAAAUAAAUUAGUAAAUUCACAUUGCCAAAAAGCUAAUCCUAUAAAGAUUUCAGAGAGUUCUUGCAAUAUAGAAAUUGCCAAAUUUUGUCCAUCCUCUAUAAGCUUUUUUGCUUGCAUAUGUUAACAGGCGUACGCAACUGCCUCCAUAAAAAAUUAUGAACCAAGGAGAAAUUCAGGGAAAUGCUGGAAUGAAUCAACAAAAUGUGGGCAACUACUGUAUAUUGGGAGAUAUAUUAAAUUCAGGUCAUUUUAUUACAAUCCUCCAUUACAAAUUCAGGCAAUCUUUCUCACAAGUGCCCCCAGAAAGGAUUAGGCCUGUAUAUUGUUAAUACCUAUAAAGAAUUGCCAAAAUAGUGUAUAUUUAAAUCAGUAGUCCAGCAUUGUAUAGAACUUUCAAAUAAUAAAAAAUUCCAAUAAAUAAUAUGCAAGGUUACAUCACAGUUAAUAAAAUAGGAUUUAAUCCUAUUUUAUUAACUGUGGUUACAUAUAGUGGGUUAAUAACUUGAAAUAUUAUAAAUCUCUGUUACCCCAAAUCUGGAUAUUUAUAUGGAUAAAAAUUUUUAUCUGGAUAAAAAUUUUUAUCUGGAUAAAAUACAACAUGAUAGAGUGUUCUGUUACAGAAUAUAGACGGUCAUCAUGUAGUUAGUCUGUUUUAAGACUGGUGGAAAUUUUAAAACCUAACACAGCGUACUGUAUGUGUGGUUGUUCUCCUAACUUUGAUGCAAUUAAUAAUAAGCGAGUAUUUAAUAAAUGUACUUAAGGUAGUCAGGUUUAACAGAAAGGAAGUCUUAAUAUGUAGUACAAUUCAUGGAACUUUUGAAAUAUCAGAUUGUACACCAGUCCACAGUUAGUGAGACAGUUAUGAUCAAGCUCAGUUGCAGUCUUAAACAACAUGUAGACAAUGAUGUUCACUGUGUUUGUAGUUUGUACAAACUGUGAUAACAUAUCAUGCUUGCAGUCAUAUAUAACGCAGGUUUUUUAUAUUUAGAUAAUGCGAUUCCUAUAAAAUCUUGGUUCGCAGAUCCAUCAGAUACAGCACUGUUAAAUAUUUUACCAAUGUUGGAUGCUCUGCGCUUUACUGCAGAUGUUAGAUCAAUAUUAAGUCGUAAUGUGCAUAACUAUCCUGCAUGGUGAUCAUAUUCAGCUUGUAAUUAGUCCUAUAAUUUUUACCUAAUUCAAUGAUAAUCUAAAACUCUCAUUAACUGCUCGUAUAGUUCUUAAUUACCAUAGUCUCUGGUGGGUGACGUCAUCUCACAUUAAUUACGUUUGACAAAAGCCCUUUGUACUGUAAAUACAUGAAGUAUGUGAAGCACAAAACCACUGUGUACACUAAGUUAUACUCACUGCAGGCUCGGUGAUAACUGGUGUAGGGCAUUCAUGACAUUUCUGCAGGUAUUAAGCGUUGUUGAACUCUACAAAGCACUAAUCCUCGGUAAAAUAUUGAAUAUUUACUUGAAAUAAAAGUCGACGUUUCUUACAAUGUUGUAUCACUACCGCUUGCAUCGUUUCCACUUGCAAUUUUUGCUGCGAUUUUCCUCAUGUAAUCGUGUGGAUAAGUUGUUCAGAUGAGGUUACAUACACGUAGAACAACUCAUCUACUCGUUCACAUCCAUCACAAGUGGAAACUCACACUAUAAAUCGCCUGCCUCCUCCGCAGGCUCCUCUAUAUAGAUCAAAUUUAAAUAUCGGUAAUAUAUAGAUCAGCGCGUGCACUGCAAGCCCGAUAAAGACGCACGCCUAUAGGCGCACGCCCGCAACUAAGGACGAGCGCGCAAAGGAAAUUAACUUUCGUCUUUUCCUAAUUAAUUGUUUGAUAGCAAGCGACUGGGGACGAGGCAGAUAAAUCGCAACAAGAAUUGCAAGUGUAAACGGGCCUUAAGAAUGAACACUUCCAGAUAAAAAUAUCACCUAUACUCACUUUCAUGUUGGUUAAUGACAUUUGACAAGUUCUAAUUAGUUAAUUUGGCAAGGUCUAAUUAGUUCAUUUGGCAAGUUCUAAUUAGUUCAUUUGACAAGUUCUAAUUAGUUCAUUUGGCAAGGUCUAAUUAGUUCAUUUGGCAAGGUCUAAUUAGUUCAUUUGACAAGUUCUAAUUCGUUCAUUUGGCAAGUUCUAAUUAGUUCAUUUCACAAGUUCUAAUUAGUUCAUUUGACAAGUUCUAAUUAGUUCAUUUGGCAAGGUCUAAUUAGUUCAUUUGGCAAGUUCUAAUUAGUUCAUUUGGCAAGUUCUAAUUAGUUCAUUUCACAAGUUCUAAUUAGUUCAUUUGACAAGUUCUAAUUAGUUCAUUUGGCAAGGUCUAAUUAGUUCAUUUGGCAAGUUCUAAUUAGUUCAUUUGGCAAGUUCUAAUUAGUUCAUUUCACAAGUUCUAAUUAGUUCAUUUGACAAGUUCUAAUUAGUUCAUUUGGCAAGGUCUAAUUAGUUCAUUUGGCAAGUUCUAAUUAGUUCAUUUGGCAAGUUCUAAUUAGUUCAUUUCACAAGUUCUAAUUAGUUCAUUUGACAAGUUCUAAUUAGUUCAUUUGGCAAGGUCUAAUUAGUUCAUUUGGCAAGUUCUAAUUAGUUCAUUUGGCAAGUUCUAAUUAGUUCAUUUCACAAGUUCUAAUUAGUUCAUUUGACAAGUUCUAAUUAGUUCAUUUGGCAAGGUCUAAUUAGUUCAUUUGGCAAGUUCUAAUUAGUUCAUUUGGCAAGUUCUAAUUAGUUCAUUUCACAAGUUCUAAUUAGUUCAUUUCACAAGUUCUAAUUAGUUCAUUUCACAAGUUCUAAUUAGUUCAUUUGGCAAGGUCUAAUUAGUUCAUUUGGCAAGUUCUAAUUAGUUCAUUUGGCAAGUUCUAAUUAGUUCAUUUAACAAGUUCUAAUCAGUUCAUUUGACAAGUUCUAAUUUGUUCAUUUGACAAGUUCUAAUCUGAUCAAUCAAUCACGUUUAUUUAACGUCACGUUAGUUGUAACCUUCAUGGACUCGCUUUGACGUGAGUAUAUGGGCAAUAUUUUCAUCUGCAAUUGUUUAUUUUAAAUACAAACAACAAUUAUUUGUUCAUGAGUACUGUGAUAAGGAUGAAUUAAUCAACAAUAAUUCGUAAACACAACGGAAACAGCUUGAUAUUAUUCUAACCUGGGAUGAACCUUAUCAGGUUUUAAACAACCAUACAGAUUAACCAAAAUAGCGACAGUGUGUGAAGACAGAUAAUAAUUUUAGACAUACUGAACAGUAAAUUCUUCUACAAUUUAUUCUAAUAUUUAAAUAAAGAAAAUUCUUUCAUAACUUGCUCCACUAUGAGUAUUACUGGUAGUACUAGUUACAUACUUGACAUACUUGAAUAUAUAGUUUGAGUUGAAUUAUUGUACAGUUACAUCAUUAGUUUAAGUAGUUUAUUAAAGUCCAGCAGCAGUCAAUAUUUACUAUAUAGUGCCUAUACUAUUUUAGUCAACAUCACAAAGAAUGAAAACAAGAAAAAUGCAUGGUCUAUUAUGCAAUCUAGGCAAUAAUAAGGAUAUCAUACUUGCAUAUACAUAUGCACCUUUUAGGAGUGGACCGUCCUGGUGGGGAGGGGGGGGGAGAUCUCUGAAAAAAUCAUGCAAGGUGUGAAAGUUGAAAGUCAUCCAAGCAUUUAUGGACAGGAAAAAAUCCCUGCAACUACAUGGAAUAUUCUGAAAUGUAUAGAAUAAGUUCCCGCACGGCUUCUAAGCCGUAAAAAUUAAAGUUCGACAAAACUCCAAAUUUUGAAAAAAAUUCUUGCAAGGAAAAUUUCUCCCUCCCAGAAUAUCUAGGUUCACUCCUAAUAUUUAAACACGUUAGCCUCUCACAACUAGAGAAUUAGGGGCGUAAUUAUAUACCAAAUUGAAAUAAAACCAGGCUUAAGAAAACCAGGCUCUUCUACAAAUUUCUAAGCUGUUUGAAAUCUAGGGCUCGAAAUAGAUGUCUGCCAAUGGUUAAAAGCAGCAAAUGGCCGUCUGCAUAUGGCCAAAAUAGCAGCCAGGGAAUGGCCAAAAACUGGCCAUGUUUGAGAAAAAUAAAAUAAAAAUAAUUUGCAACUGUCAAAUCGGAAUGUCAGGUGAAAUUGGACACGUUUGUUUUGGCGUGAGUGUUGUGUUAUAAUUUAGAAAGCACUCAUUCUGAAAAUUUCAACAAUACAAAUUCAAUAUUGAAGUUCAGCUAUAGCAUCUGCAGGCAAUAAUUAAUUUGACCUUCAAAAAAGACUAUCAGGCCAUAUGAUGUUUCUAUUUCUAGCCCUGCGUACUUGAGAUUACGACGUGCUUCGUCCCACUAGACUGUAAAAAGCCUUUCGAUACAUCCUUAAACGCCAAGCAUAAAUUAUGGGAUUCAUAAAGAAAUUCACAUAAAGAAAUGCAUGCGUAUACACCAAUGCUUUAUCAAAUAUUUCUAAGUUGACUCUUUCUGCUAAAGUUUUAUCAAAAGUGUUAUUAAUUGUGAACAUCUGUAAGCAGACAAAGUAAGGCACACACGUGACAAUCAACACGGACAGGAGAAUGGUGACGACAAUGGUAACUUUUCUGUGAGUGUGAGUAUUAUUUUCAUUGGGAGGUGUUGGAAGACAGGGGGUGUCCUGGGACGAGUUUUGGUUGACAACCAUACGGUGUUUUUCUCUUCGUUGUAACAACCAUACAAUAUAAAUAUGUGUUGCAAUGAAGCACAGAGCGCUGAUUUCCACGAUUAAACAUAUGAAGAACUGCGCGUAGUAUCGUUUGUGGUGAAUGGCCACUCCACCGCCGAUUGAGAGGAGCCAGACAGCGAGAAUACAAAGCAGUGAACGAGGGAUCGUUAAUAAUGUUGACCACGCCAAUGGUAACGUGACAAUAACCAAUCUUUCCGCUGCCAUGAGGAAUAAAGUGAGAAAGGACGCGCAAAAUGCAGUCCAGAUUAAUGGAAGUUCUGUAAGCAACCGAGCGUCACUCGUGUACUCGAUCUCUUUGAUAGGCUGUUUUAGUACGAUGAGAAAUAAACCACUCAGACAAUCUGCAAAAGCGAGGUUGGCAACAAGAAAUGAAAUUCUUGUGACAAAUAUCUUCUUUCUUUCUUUGUACAUUGAAGCUAAAAGAACGCCAUUAAGAACGAUCGCCAAAAUGCCAAAUAUGUACGAUAAAACUUCAUUGCCUUGUACACCAGUGGACUGCAUGCUUGCUAUUUCUAAAAUAAUAAAGAUAAACAGAAAACCUGUGAGGAUCCUUCAAUAUAGGAGACUUGUUAAACUGCAAUACAGGAACCAAGGCCGGAUUUUGGUGGAAAUAGUGGGGAGAUGGAAAAAAAUAGAGGAGGUGCAGCAGUCUAGCUCUCCCCAUGGAAAGUUAGAACAGGCCAGAGUCAACGACGUGACGUAUGCAUGUAGUGUACAUAUGUAUGAGUGAAUUAUGACUGUACAACUCAUUACAAUUACUACAAAGUUUCUUUCAAAAUAUUGCAUUCAAAGCAUACUUGACACAGAGAUGAAUGGCUAUCACUGUUUCAAUUUUACAGAAAAAAAUGUAGACCCUAAGCAACCAAAAAAUGUCAAAUUUUCACUUUGAUCUAUCAUUGAAAGUUUCCCAAGGGAAUGUGCAUGACUUUUCAGGGGAGGUGUAAAAAUUCUCAAGGGAGGUGCAAGAUGAUCAACAACCUCCCUUCAAAAUCCGGCCAUGACAGGAACAUGUAAAGAUGAAAACAAAACGGGAAAAAAACCUAAAAAAUGGAUACGUUUUCGUACGCAAAGUACGUCACUCUGUCUAUACAGUUGUCCUUAAAACAACAUCUCGAUUAUAAACAUAAAAAUAUCCUAUGG